AUGAACAAAGGCCAAAGGGCAAGCAGCUCCUCUGACUCUGACGAGAAGCAACAAUCAGAAGAUGAGGAUUCGAAGGACUUGACACAACAUGGAUCGAGUUCAUCCACCGAGAAAACGUCGUCCAGCUCUGAUGUGUUGUCAGCCACUCAGAUGAAGAGGAGUCAGGGCUUUAACUGCUCUUUUAGCUUUGAAGAAGACCAAGCUGUACUGUCACAGAAUGGAGUCCAAACUCAGCAACCAGAGAGCUCGAGAAGAGCGUCAGUCCCAGAGCUGGGGCCAGCGGCACACAACUCACAUCCACUGGGACAGAGCAUUUGUGAGACACAACCUCCAAGAUCCAGUUUGUUCAGGCCUCAGGGCCUUUGGCUCGCAGUCACAAGGUGUCUGUCCAUCAGGUGGCCUCCAUGUUUGUCUCUCAACCGAAUGGACAGAAGUAACAGGAAGCUGGCCUACCAAAAGGACUUUGACCAAUCACAGAAGUCAUUUUCAAGUGACAGUUUGGAUUCAGCCAAUCCGAACUCUUCCAUUUUAUCCACUUCAUCUGAGGACAUCAAUGUGACCGUGGUGAAAAAGGAUGAAGAGGAGGCAAAGAGCAGGGAGGUUAAAAGAGGUGCCAUGUCCCGCUGGGGAGUGUCCCGAUCCUCCCCAAGGUUACCUCGAGACAGACAGGUGUCAAAUCUGCUGCUUGCUUCAAUGAUCCUGGAGAGAGACAUGUUUCUGACAGUGGAGCUGAUUGACCGUGGCGAGGAAGAGCAUGAGUUACGUUAUCAGGCUGAGUGGAAACUGACAGAGAAGAGUCGAGAGCUGGCGGCAGGACUAUGGCCGUCUCGAACACUGAUGGACUGA